AUGAUAGCAUCAGAGAAAGGUCGCCUUGAUAUCGUUAAAUUUUUGGUAGAUUUCGGGACUGAUGUCGCUGCUAAUGAUGAAAAUGAGAGAACGUCAUUGUGGAAAGCAUCUUCCAAAGGACAUAUUGAUGUUGUAAAGUAUUUAAUAGAAAAAGGAUGUGAUGUUGAUGCUAAAGAUAAAUAUGGGAUAACUCCUCUAAUGAUUACGACCUUCAAUGGGCACGAAAAGGUGGUAGAGUGUUUGAUUGAAGAAGAUGCUCGCGUAGACGCAAGAGAUUUAGAAAAUGUAAGGCACUAA